GUGAAGGAGGCACAGUGAAAAUGGGUCUCUACCAGUUUCUUUGUGGUCCAGCUGUGGUGAUGAUCAUCCUCUUCUCCGUGGGAUGUCAUUCACAGCAGCCAGUAUGUGGCCAGGCUCCGAAAAACCCCAGAAUUGUGGGAGGUCAAAAUGCGUCUCCAGGAAGUUGGCCCUGGUUUGUCAGUUUAAACAAAGCUGGCGGUCCCUUCUGUGGAGGGUCCCUAAUUAACGAUCAGUGGGUGCUGACCGCUGCUCACUGCGUACCAGGAAAUGAACUCUUUAACAUAACGACUUAUCUGGGCCGCCUCACCCAGUCGGGUCCAAAUGUUAACCUAGUGUCUCGGAAACUGAAAGAUAUCAUUUGCCAUCCUUCCUACGACUCCCAAACCAAUGAGAACGACAUCUGUCUCCUGAAGCUGUUGGCCCCGGUGGAUUUUACAGACUACAUACAACCGGUCUGCUUGGCCUCGGCAGGGAGCACGUUCCACUCCGGGGUCAGCAGCUGGGUCACUGGUUUUGGUAAUACUCAAACUGAUUCAAUUUCCGGAGCCGACGUCCUUCAGGAAGUGAAUCUACCAAUCGUUGGAAACAAUGAGUGCAAAUGCGCCUAUUCUGAAAUCACAGAUAACAUGAUCUGUGCUGGGUUGAGAGAGGGAGGGAAGGAUUCGUGUCAGGGAGACUCAGGGGGACCACUGGUGACAAAAAACGGUUUUACGUGGAUCCAAAGUGGAGUUGUGAGUUUUGGCGAGGGCUGCGCCAGGCCUAUGACUCCUGGAGGCUACACCCGUGUGUCCCAGUACCAGGACUGGAUCACCAACAUCACUGGCAGCAAUGAACCAGGCUUUGUUACCUACAGAUCCUCAGGAGUGGACAGCGACCUAAAUAGCACUUGUUCUACUAAUACCACCAAAACCACCAUGACCCCCUGGGCCAUUACCACCAAAACCACCAUGACCCCCUGGGCCACUACCACCAUGACUCCCACUGUCAAGCAGGUAACUAUUGACAGUAUAUUUGACAGCGGUGAACAGCUUAUCCGUUCCUCCCACUUCACCCCACUCUGUCUUCUAGUUAUUUCCCUCUUUGUGCUGGUUGGAGAACCAUAACGUGAAAAUGUCAGUUUCAAAGGUUUCAAAACGCAAAUAAAUGUAAAAAGAGAUUAAUCUUCAUGCAUUUCUGUCAUAAUCUCAAUUCUUCUUUUUAAUUAGCUGCACAUUUGGACGUGCCUUCUAGUUAAAGAGUGUUUUUGUAAUUUAACAGGCUAGUAAAACAUCCAUCACAUGUAUUUGUGUCGUUUAGUCAACCA